GUUUUUGCUGCGACCGGCUUACCGGCCGCCUGCGGCUCCGGGGAGACCCGGCCGCGGCGCCACCAUGGCUGUGCGACAGGCGCUGGGCCGGGGUCUGCAGCUGGGCCGAGCGCUGCUGCUUCGCUUCACCGCCAAGCCUGGCCCGACCUACGGCUGGGGGCGGCCCGAGCGGCCGGGCCCCGCGGCGGGCUGGGGCCGCGGAGAGCGCCCGGGCCAGGCCGCGGGACCCGGCACGGAGCCGCGCAGGCUCGGGCUCGGGCUCCCCGGCCGCUACCGCUUCUUCCGCCAGUCAGUGGCCGGGCUGGCCGCGCGGCUCCAGCGGCAGUUCGUGGUGCGGGCCCGGGGCAGCGCGGGCCCUUGCGGCCGGGCUGUCUUUCUGGCCUUCGGGCUGGGGCUGGGCCUUGUCGAGGAGAAGCAAGCGGAGGGCAGGCGGGCGGCCUCGGCCUGUCAGGAGAUCCAGGCAAUUUUCACCCAGAAAAACAAGCUGCUCCCUGACCCACUGGACACUAGACGCUGGCAGGGUUUCCGGCUGGAGGAGUAUCUGAUAGGCCAGUCCAUUGGCAAGGGCUGCAGCGCUGCCGUCUAUGAAGCCACCAUGCCUGUGUUGCCCCAGAACCUGGAGGUGGUGAAGAGUAUCAGGCUUCUUCCAGGGAGCAGCCCAGAGAUCAUUCCACGAGGAGAAGAGGAGGAGCAGGCACCACGGGCCCCCACCUUCCCCUUGGCCAUCAAGAUGAUGUGGAACAUCUCGGCGGGCUCGUCCAGCGAAGCCAUCUUUAGCACAAUGAGCCAGGAACUCGUCCCAGCCAGUCGAGUGGCCUUGGCCGGGGAGUAUGGAGCUGUCAUUCACAGAAAAUCCAAGGGCGGUCCCAAGCAGCUGGCCCCUCACCCCAACAUCAUCCGGGUCUUCCGAGCCUUCACCUCGUCUGUGCCGCUGCUGCCGGGGGCCCUGAUCGACUACCCUGACGUGCUGCCCCCGCGUCUUCACCCCGGAGGCCUGGGCCAUGGGCGGACACUCUUCCUCGUUAUGAAGAACUACCCCUGUACGCUGCGCCAGUACCUUUGCGAGAACACCCCGAGCCCCCGCCUCGCCACUGUCAUGACGCUGCAGCUCUUGGAAGGGGUUGAUCACCUGGUUCAACAGGGCAUCGCACAUAGAGACCUGAAGUCUGACAACAUUCUUGUGGAUUUGGAUGCAGACGGCUGCCCCUGGCUGGUGAUCACGGAUUUCGGCUGCUGCCUGGCUGACGAGCACAUCGGCCUGCAGUUGCCUUUCACCAGCUGGUAUGUGGACCGAGGUGGAAACGGCUGCCUGAUGGCUCCUGAGGUGUGCACGGCCUGCCCUGGCCCCAGGGCAGUGAUUGACUACAGCAAGGCUGAUGCCUGGGCAGUGGGAGCAAUCACCUAUGAAAUCUUCGGGCUCCCCAACCCUUUCUACGGCCAGGGCAGGGCCCACCUUGAAAGCCGCAGCUACCAAGAAGCUCAGCUGCCAGCGCUGCCCGAGUCGGUGCCUCUGGAUGUGAGACAGCUGGUGAGGUCACUGCUCCAGCGAGAGGCCAGCAAGAGACCAUCUGCCCGGGUGGCUGCUAACGUGCUUCAUUUAAGCCUCUGGGGUGAACAUACUCUAGCCCUGAAGAACCUGAAACUAGACAAGAUGAUUGGCUGGCUCCUCCAACAAUCGGCUGCCACCUUGCUGGCCAAUAGGCUUACAGAGAAGAACUGUGUGGAAACGAAAAUGAAGAUGUUAUUUCUGGCCAACCUGGAGUAUGAAGCACUGAGCCAGGCAGCCCUCCUCCUCUGCUCCUGGAGGGCAGCCCCCUGACGGUUGAUGUAGCUGGUGAAUUACUAAAAGAACUUACAGUAUCUGUGUUGUGAUGGUCUGUGAAUGCUGAAGGAGGGGCUCCUAGGUAAGGGGUGGGAGUCAGGAGAAAAGAUGGCGCAGGGAGGGCUAGUCAGCUGAAGAGAAGGUCUCAGGUUUGGCAAAUGGAAGGAACAGCCUGAGUUCACGGUCAGUAGCUACUAGCUCUAGCUGUAUGAUUUCGAUGCAUCAUAUAAUCUGUGCAGACUGAAGUUCUCUUACCUAUAAAAUGAUGGAGCUGGCCUUGGUAGCAGUUGACAAACUUUUUUUCUAUAGAGGGCCAAAGAAGUACCCAGGCGGUCACAGCUCCUGAACUGAGUCAUCAUAGCACAAAAACAGCCUUAAAUAUAUAAAUGAAUCAGUAUGGCGGCUUUCCAAUAAAGUUUUACUUAUGGACACUGAAAUUUGGAUUUCAUGUGUCACUAAAUAUUCUUUUACUUUUUCCAUUUAAAACGUAUUUAGCUGGCCCCCUCCCUGUCUUUGCAGGGACUGCAAGACUAGCCCACAGGCCGGAGUUUGCCAGCCCCUCAUCUAAAUGGAGAGGGCCUCACUCUAACAAGAAAUGCUCCCUAAUCACUAGGCCCCCUGGUGUAUCAGUGCGGAAACUGUGAUCAGCUCUCCACCUACAGAUCCAAAGGAAUGAGUUCUCUGUGCCAGGGGAGAAGAUACUACUGACCAAAACGUGCCACCUAUAGCUCGUGUCCUGUCUUCACAGACGUCUGAGAAGCUAGUGGCCAAGCUGGUCUGUUAGGUGAGGUUGAGCUGAAGAGGGUCGGACCUGUGUUCCACAUUAGAGAGGAUCCAGGCCAGGGCACUGGCUUCAUGGCAGACUGUGACCCUGACGUUCAUCUCCAGCUCCAGGAAUGGACUGGGGCUCGUCUGCCAGAGGCAGCCAUGACGUCAGUCUGCAUGUUACCUGAGCUGAGGCCAGUGUUCCCACAGGUCAAUGUAUUCAGGUUUCAGAAUGAAAAACACUUAAGUGAGGCCUGGGAAGUGGGGAGCCUCUGCGCUUCAGCCGUGCAUUCUGGAACAGCUCUGGGGGUGUUUUUGAGGAAGUGUUUCCACAGAGCUCCUCCAGUUACUGCUUUGAGUUUAGCAGAGCAAAAGUGACUGCUGGGAUGGGAAUUAGCAGUGCAGUGUUUUAAAUUUGCUGAUUUUACCCUUUUGACUAGUAUUUCUUACAGGAAUUGUGAAGAAUGAAAUGCAUAUUUACAACUGCACAAUACGUAUGUACCUUGAACCGAAUAUUUGGCUUUAAGAGUAUUUCUUACAUUAUAAAGACAAGAAAAUUUUGUGGCCAAAGAUCACUGGGGAAGAGAUUUCAUGUAUAAUUAUAAACGUGCUUUUUAGGAACACAGCUACUGCCUAGAACAAGGUGAACAUAUAUUUAAGGUUGUUUUCAAUGAAGCAGUUGUGUGAUUCUAUUAAAUCCAGCACUGUUACCCUA